AGUCUGCAGCUUCCAUGUCAAUAAUGAAUACGAGCUAACUGCCUAGUGUUAAUGCGCUGGUAAUUGCGGCCAAAUUGUGAAAUAUAUCACCAAAUAUCACUCUAUAUACUAGGCCCAACAUUUAGUUCCUGAUUUGUGACUCGAGUCUAUCGGACAGCUAUGGGUGGGCUGGGAAAUGGGCGUCGUGGAGGAAGAUCACCGCCUCUAAUGAUUGGUGCACUAGUUGCAUGCAUCCUGGUUCUGGGCUUUAACUACUGGGUGUCCAGCUCCCGCAACCUGGAGCUACAGACUAAGCUGUAUGAGUUGGAAGGCCUGGUGCGACGUGGAGCAGCGGAGCGUGGAGUAGCUGAGAUGAAGAAGAAUGAGUUCCAGGAGGAGAUCCAGAGACAAAAGGAGCAGAUCAGCCACAUAGAAAGCCUCUACAAGAGACAGCUGGAAGGAGCCCAGAACACCUGCAGCCAAGAGAAGGGCACACUGCAGCAGAACAUUUCCUCCAGUACUAAAACCCUACAGGAACUCAAAGGUCAGUUGAAUCAGCUAAAUGAUGACCUGGGGAAGAUUCAGAAGGAGCUGCAGAGCUGCCAAGGCAGCAUCAAAACCCUUAACAGCAAACUUACUUAUGACAUGACCCAGUGUCACUCCCAGGUCCUGUCCCAGAAGGAGUUGUGUGAAGAGAGAGUGGCUGCUGCUAAACUUGAAGUUAAAAAGAAAAUGGAGAAGCUCAUCCCUCCACAAGGUGUCACUUCACAGGAAAAUGCAGUGACAGGAGCAGUAAAAGAGGACCGACCAGUCAUGACUGUGGCUGAUGCUGUUAAGACAUCAACUGUUGUAAGCCACAGACCAAGCCUCUCUCAGCCCAAAGAAAAUGAACCACCUGAACUACUGACCAAUGAGAUCAUUGUGGACAAAGGGCCAGAUGCCCCGGUGGACAUGGCAAAGGAUCUCACAGAAGUAGCGUCCCAGUCUGGUCCCUCCCUGGCUGUGGUCAAGCAGGACCUUUUGCAACCACCAGAGGGAACUGUCACAACAGAGGGUGAGGCAGAGACCAGUAAACUUUUGAAGAAUAAUCUGACUGAGGAUAAAGAGAUGGAGGUCAUGGAUGCUCAGAUAGAAGAGGCAGACCCUGGGAUGGAAGGCAUGCUGGUUGGCAACGUGAAAGCAGACCAGAAUCCUAUGGAUCAGACAGUUGAUGGCCCAGAGGAAUAUGACGCAGACGAGCAAGUUGUGGGUGGAGUAGACGUGGAGAAACAGCAGCGCCAACGGGCUGAAAAUAUAGACAAGGACAUGGAGGAGGAGCUGGCUGAUUAUAAUGGGGAUGAUGAGAACGAAGGCGAAUUUGAAGCAGACAAACAAGCUGAGCUUGCUCAAGUCUAAGGGCUGGAGAAGGAUCACGCACGCUACAUUAGGAAGCAGGACCUGUUUUACACCUCAGCGCAACAGGUCAAUGCGCAGCCCUCCAAACACAGUGAAGAUAAAACAAACUAAGGUGGAAAUUUCUGUAAGAAAGACUUGUGAUGUUUUGUUUGUCAGUUUAAUUUCAUGAGCAUUUGCUUUCUGGAAUGUCUUUUAUUUGUCAUUUUAAUGACAUUCUGUACAUUUGAUUUGGUAACAUGCAGUCAGAUAUUCUAAUAGUUAGGAUCAUCACGUUUUCUGUAUUAGAGUAAGAAUAUUGACGACUUCUUAUGCAAUUCACAAUAUUCUGAAAGAGCCACAAAAAAAUGACAAAUAUGCAAAUGUCAGCCAAGCGUGCACCCUCAUGUUUUCUGUUUUUGUGUCAUACUGUAUACAAAAAGCCCCGAGGUGCUUUUAUGGGUCACCCAUCAACAUGCCUGAAAAUCAGUGGGUUUUGAUUAUGUGGAUAGAUGUGGUGUUUAUGUUAUCUUCACUCUGUAUUCACUGGAACCUCAAUGCAAUAUAAGUUAUGAUAAUAUGCAGACCCUUUAUAGGGUUGCGAGGCGUGAAAUACUGUACUAAGUGGAAAUGGUUUAAGUGAGCUCAGUGGCCAGACUCCUUCAAUAGAGGGCUCUGCAGCACAGGCCUCUCCUCUCUCACAUGUUCAACAAUGCCUUAAGUUACUCCUGUACAGUCUCUCAUAGAAAGGAUGCUGACUUUCAGUGGCCAGGACAUUUUACUCUACAAGAUGUCUGUCAGUGAACGCAAAUAAGGCUUUCCAUAACUGCAGCAAAUGAAGGAAAUGUCCUGACAGUCUUGUUAACAGCAUCUUUUUUUGAUUCCCCUUAAUGCUGGAAAAAAAGUAAGGUUGGCUUAAUAGACGUGUAGUUGUUUAAUUGUUUUGGCAUUUUAGUAGCAGCAAGGCUUUUAUUCUCGGCUAUACUUAAGAUCAUUGAAGUGUCACAAGGUUGGAAGUGUCCUGUGCUCAACAUUUUGGAUCAGUAAGUCAGAAGAACAAGUUAUAUACUGAAGGGAAUACUUUGAAUGCCCUGGAUAAUAUUUGCAUAAUAUUUGCUUAUUUUAAUUUGAAUCUGAAUUAUAUGGCUCUGUGUGAUUACAGUAGGUUGUAAAACAGUUAAGCUGUUCUGCCCCUGGCUGACACAAAGACAGGUGUGCAGGACAUAACUGAUAUUUAUACCCUUAUUGGUCUCCUACCCAUUGGAUAUAUGGACAUAUCUCUUAAUUUUGAAGCACAUGGGGAAUAACAGGAGAAACGUUGUGGUUUGAUAGGUUGAUUGCUUGAACCCAUGAACUCAUUGUCAUUAUUCUCAGCUUCAUCAUUACAAUAACGUCCUAACACUUUACAGGUGUCAUCAAAACUUUUAUCAUGCUUAUUUUGAGUGAACUAUUAAAGAAGAUUGUAUACUACUUUUUUAUAUGUUUCAGAUGAACAGUAGGUAUUAGGAACUUUAACGUUUCAGUUCAAAGUCCUUUUGAGGAACACAAAUUGAAAGAAUGUGAUUUCAAGAGAGUUCAUAUUAUCAGCUCAAUCUUUAGAGAGAUAACUUCAUAUCCUGAGCAGUGUCAGUUUUUUAACUUAUUUUUUAUUUAUGUUAAUUAUGUUAAUCUGGGAUCUACUCAUGUUUCAAAGUAAACUUAGAAAUGCAGAAUAGGAGUCCUGAUGACAGAUGCAUUGUCUGCCUUUUUGUCUCCCCUUUGGUCGAUCUUGCAGGGGAAAUGUUGAUGAGAUUUUUUUGAAUUAAACAAUCAAAUUUAGUUUUCAAACUUGCUGUUGCUCAUUGUCAGUUUUGUUGUCUGACAUUGAAAAGCUUGGACAACCUCUGCUUUGUUUUGUCAAAAAGCUCUGUCCGCCUCUUCGUGUAUAAAAAAAAAAAAGUCCCAUACCUGGAGAGAAAAUGUUGAUGAAAAUGCAAUUUCUAUAAAUUGGAUCCAGUGUUUUGUUGAUUUCAUGUGUUUCAAUUUCUAUUUUGUCCUGAACUGUUGAACAAAUUUGUGAAGGGUUUAAAUAAUCAUAGACUUUAUUGAUGAUAGAGAAUAAAACGUUUUUUUUAUUACCACUAUCAAGA